AUGUCUCAAUUCUCAGCCACAGACUUCGAUGCCAAAGCUUAUUUCAACCAUAGACCCACGUAUCCAGAUAGUUUUUACGAUUUGAUAGAUAGAUUCCAUCAAGGACCUAGAAAACUUGCAGUUGAUGUUGGUUGUGGCCCCGGUGUAGCGACAUUCCAAUUGAGCGCUAGGCUGAAUUCGUUCGAUAAAAUUAUAGGGACUGAUGUCUCUAGUACUAUGGUAAAAAGGGCUAGGAGCUGGAUAAACGAUGAUCCUGAUAAAUUUACUCGAGUAUCAUUCGAAGUUUCACCCGCUGAAAGCUUUGAAUUUUUACCCACUGAUCAGAUUAACAAAAAAUCACUCGAUCUAAUUACGGCUGUAGAAUGUGUACACUGGUUUGAUUUUGACAAAUUUCAAAGAGCAGCUGCAUCCAAUUUGCGUAAGGGUGGUACAUUUGCCAUGUGGGGAUAUUCAGAUGCCUUUUUCCCUGAAUACCCCAAGAUCGAUUCGUUAAUCAUAAAUCUGACAUAUGAUGAAAACAAUGGAUUAGGUAAAUAUUGGGAUCAACCCGGUCAUAGCAUCCUGAGGAACAUGUACAAAGAUUUACAUCUUGAUACAAAUCUCUUCACAGAUAUUGAAGAAGCAUUUUUCAUGGAAGAUGAAAUUAGAUCAAAGGAACACGUUAAAAGUGAACCCGUUCCCUUCUUUAUGUCCAAGUUUGUUACAUUGAGUCAAUAUCAGGAAUUUAUUAAAACUUGGAGUGGAUACCAUACAUGGAGACAACUACAUCCUAAUGCCGAAAAGGAUAUCACAGAUGAAUUUGUCGAUCGUAUCUUGGAAAUAUAUCCAGAAUUAAGCAGAUCCAGUAGGGUUCAAGUUUGCUGGAGAUCUUUCUAUAAAUUCGCCAGGGCUCUUUGA